UUUAUUCCAUUUUGUACCUAAUGUGUAUUUAUCAACGUAUCGUAUGAUUGUACUUUCAGUUGGUAAUAUCAGAAUCUGCUGCAACCCAAAUCGACCUACAGCGUUGACUGUAGAUACCUAUCGUAUAUCUGUCGUAUAUACAUAUUUGGACCUAGAUUGGAAAGUGCAUUGUACAUCGUACAACGAUAUACCUAUAAUGAUGUUGGGAAGUGAAAUUAAUGCCGAAAUUUGAAUUCAAAUAUUUCCUUAAUCGAAAUACGAACUGGUCCGAAAUUCCAAUCCAAUAUCCGUGUUAUCAUGCUGUGCUUGACUUGAAUCAUGUUUUAAACAGUUUUGAAACGAGUGGUGCGUGAGUGCAUUACGAGUGCUUCAAUAUCUAAGUACAACAUAUUCACGCAGCCUUGCCCAAAAAAUCGUUAAUUCCCGCUUGGCAGCCGUUGGCGUUCAGCCGCGUUCAAUCACGUUGGUAUCCAUGCUCUCUACCGUAUCGUGCUUUCGCCAAAGCUCAAGCGACAAGCAAUCAGGAAGAAGUGAACUGAGAGAAGAGGCUAGUGAAUUAUUGACAGUUUGAUAAGCGGUAUUAUUUGGGCAUUAGAAGCCACGAUAUAAGAAGUGAUAAUGAGGCCAGAUUCGAGGAGUAUCUCGUUCACAUUUCACCGCUCGGCUUUAACCGCAAACAACACCUCAGACGAGCCGAAAGAGUCAAGAAAUUUACGUCGAAGACUGCAGGAUCGUUUUGACCAAGAAUGCCCGUACAAUUUGGCCAACAAAGAGUCACCUUCGAAAAAACGUACUUCCAAAAGUAGGGCUGGUUCCUUAACUCCCGAAAAAGGAUGGAGUAAUUUAAGCUUGAGUAACGUUUCGGCCGACUCAAGACGAGCCUUCAGAAAUGGAGCUGAAAAAUUAUCCAAGACCAUCUCUUCGGUUCGAAUGACUUUUGGAACAAUUUCUCAGAAAUUUAGAAGUUCAACACGCAGGAGGCAACGUUUAGAGGAAUGCCACUCCCCCACAAUCUCUGCGACGCCUCAAACUCGGUCUCGUCAUCUGUUGGGCAGGACACCAACAAAACUCUACAGUCCAUUUGGCAUAGAGUCGCCAAGGUCUGCUUGGAGUAAUUCACCUGGAAAAGAAAAUGAGGAUUCCAGUGCCAUGCAUAAACUUACCAACGUUGAACAAAAAUUGCGCAAACCCUUUCAACUAACCAAAGCUAAUGGCUUUACUACGUUCAGAUAAAUUCUGAAAUCAAUACAUCUAUCGCACAGAUACUGAUUACUAAUUAGCACAUUUUUUCACGUUUAUUAAUCCUUCAAAGGAUAAAAAUAUUUCAUUCCCAGCAAGAUAUAUUGCUGAAUGCUGCUACUUUUAUUGUAAGAUAAUUGAUGCCUUAACAUUUUUUGAUAAUGCGAGCUUGUGUGAUUUACAUGUUUUAUAGAUAGCACGUCAGAGCUAAUUAAUGAUCAAUCUGAUUACGACUGGUGAAUUUACAACUAAAUUUUUAAAAAAAGUCAAAUUACGGCUUUAUUGUUCAAAACACCGUCGAAAGUUAUCACGCUGUUUCAAAUCCAAAUCAUAAUUUGCUAUCCACAACUUGGACGUACAUUGAAAAAAUGAAUCUUCACUGCCUAAUUGAUAUUGACGAUAACUUAUUUCACAACAAGUCUAUGUUUUAAGUCUCAUUCAAUGGAAAAAGCAUUCGUGACAAAGGAACUAAGAAAGGAUGGAAAAUAUCGGUUUCUGAUAUUUGAACCGACUGUAGCUGUUUUACAAUUUCUUGUUCAAAAUGAUCAUCGCAGGGGGGCAUAAUUAUAAUUUACGAUUAAAAAUCGUGUAUCUCUUCUAUAUACCAAUUAAUUAUUCCUUCCGUUAAAUUUGCGUUGACGAUUCCGAUAUUGAUUGAAAUUAAACUUGAACUUGUCAUCCCUCCAAAUUGUACUGUAAUGAUAAGACUUGAGCAGCAUAUUGUAUAAACCCCCUGCCUUGUAUUGUAUUUUCAGUAUUUAUUGUUCGUAAGACAAAUGAAACAGCCAACUGUGUUGGCUUAUAAAUGAAAAAAAAAUCCUAUUAAUUUAAUAUUUAAAGUACUACUUAAUUUAGUAAUUAAAUAAUAACUCAUAACGUAUUGACAACUAUGUUGGAAUUAAGAAGUAACAUAUUUAUCUAAAUGAUAGUUUUAGAUAUUUUGUCUUGAUCGAUUCAGGAUCAACUUAAUCUCAGCGUAUAUCUUGUAGCUUUUUCACUCACUAUGCCUGGUAGAGGCUAUUUUUUCUACAAGUAUAUCCUGGACCAUUGGGUGCAUAUGAUGCAAACCAUUUUCAAGUAUUAUUGCUAUGUACUACGACUGUGUAGACUAUUGGCUAAUUUUGUUUCACAACUGAGCAUCAAGCGUUCAAAUGAAUAUACGCCACAAUUAAAAGUCUAAAUCUGAUAUUUUAAAAGAAAACAAUCGCAAAUGAACACCUUUAAGUACUAGACAGUCGAAAUUUCCAUUGGGAUUUAAGCCCACAUGCACACUAAUUUUCGAAAAUUUGAUGAAUAGCAAUGAAAACAAAAUAAGAGAAAAUAUUUUAAUGCGAACCUGUCUAUGGAAGGAUUGAGUAUGAUUAAUUCGACUGAUUAAUGUAACGAUCCAUGAUAUUUUAUUUUUAUUAUUAGUUUGUUUUGUAUCUCUACAAGUUUCAUUUUAUUGGCGUAAAUAAACUGGCGUGCUUUUAACACGUGGUACUGUUUCAAAUA